AUGUCGUCGUUCCCUAGUGUCAUCCUCAAAUAUAAUAUUGAUGGCAGCACAUUCCAUGCCUCAACAUCAAAUGUCCCUCCAGAGGUUCCCCCAGGAGUACCCACAGAUAUGCCACCACUGGCAACCCAUGUCUCACCCGUACCAGAGGAAGUCCCCUGUCCGUCAAGCAACGCAGUCCCAAUAGCAGCUCAAAUUCCAGCACCAGUCUCUGCCCAACCGACUCCUACUGCUGAGCAACCAACUCCAGCACAAGCCUCGACCAGCAAGAAGCACUACAACCGAAUGGCAGGCCGUAUACUUCAGUCGUCUCCCUCGACGAUAGCAGCAGUAGACUCGGGAUCCGAGAGUCCCUCUCCUCAAUGA